GGGUAACGUCCAGCUUUCGCUUACCGGCAAGCUGCGUGGUUGAGUCUUAUGUAGUUAGGAAGAGCUGACUGCUAAAGAGAAAAUGACAUCUCUAGAAAAAGUUGAUGAUGCCUCGUCACCCAUCCGAGGACCUGGAGAUGGCAUGGAAACAGAGCAGACAGCUGAAUCGGUGGAAGUAAUCACUGGAGCCAACACUACGAACCAUCACAUCCACCACAGCCCACCUAAAAAGACAGUCUCCUCCUUGAGUCCUGGAGUUCUGCAGCUAGGGAAAGUACAUGCUGAUAAAUCAGUGGAGAUUGAAGCUAUUCGUAUAUUAGUCCCCAAAGCAGCUAUCACCCAUGUUGUUCCAACUAGAAAUGCUAAGGUAGCUAAAUCAGUGGGACAUAAAGGAGACACGUUCCAUCAGUCAGAUGGAGCUGCAGAUCCCAAGAAAGAACAGCUAGAGCUGAAAAAUGCAAUUGAAAAGCUAAAGAAUUCAGAAAAGCGGUUGUUACAGGAUAAAGAAGGUCUCUCUAAUCAGCUGCGUAUACAGACAGAGGUGAAUCGGGAGCUGAAGAAAUUACUUGUUGCUUCUGUUGGGGAUGAUCUGGAGUAUCACUUUGAACGGAUGGCUCGUGAGAAAAAUCAGCUAAUCCUAGAAAAUGAAGUCCUGGGCCGGAAUAUGUCUCAGUUGUCUGAACAAUUAGAGCGCAUGUCUAUACAAUGUGAUGUGUGGCGAAGCAAAUUCCUAGCGAGCAGGGUUAUGGCUGAUGAGCUAACCAAUACCAGAGCAAUUCUUCAGCGUCAAACCAGGGAUGCGCAAAGUGCAAUCCAGGACUUGCUGAAUGAACGUGAUCAGUUCCGUCAAGAGAUGAUUGAUACACAGAAGCUGCUGGAGGAGCUGAUGGUUUCCCUUCAAUGGGGGAGACAACAGACAUACUAUCCUAGUGCCCAACCUUACACUACAACAGAGCUAGCAGCUGUGAAUUGUAAGCUAGCCAAAGCUGUAAGCUCGCAUCUUCUUGGAAAUGUUGGCACUAACAGUCCAAAAAAGACUUCAACAGCUGUGGAGUUUUGCAAUACCCCUGCUGAGAAAAUGGCUGAAAUGGUGCUACGUGUACUGGAUCCAGCUGCACGUACAGAAACAACAACAGAAGUUUCUUUUUCUGAGACUUCUCCAUCCUCCUUCCUUUCCACAAAGAAGAAUAUCGGAAGGUUUCACCCCUAUACAAGAUACGAAGAUGUAACUUUCAAUUGUUGCAAUCACUGUCAAGGAGAGCUGAUCGCCCUUUAAGAACACAGCCAAUGCAACUGCACAUGCACUCUAUCUGAAGAGUUACACUAUUUGACGUUCAGCAGGCUUCACUUUUUCCUAUUUCUUUCCGUAAUGGGUGGGUUUAACAUUGGAAAUUACGCAGUUUCUGCUUCUCUACCUCUUGAAGCUAGUGACUGACAGGAUUUCCUUAGCCUCUGGGAUACUUGUACUACUUUUCAGUCUGGAAAGCUACUUAUUUUCUUCUACAAAGGCAAGACCAAAAACGUUGUGCUGGUCCAAUUUGUAGAGCAUAGAGAUGCCCUUGACAAUUUAAGGUUCACGGUCUUACCAGCAAAUCUCAAUGAAUUUCUCUUUAGGGGGAGACGAAAGCAUAACUAUACCAAA